CCUGGCAACACGAGGCAUCCGCACACCAGUCGAUUAAUUUCAAUCGAAUAAUCUCACUCCCCAAUUAAUUGAUUACAAAUUGAGGGGUAGUUCAUUAAAUCCAUCAAUCGUGGAUCGGCCGAGUGAUACAGGAGGUCAGAACUUGGCCUCCAAGACCACCAGGAAAUCGCGACGACGCAAACCUCGCAGCACCAGCUCCAAGGCCCGAGCAAUGACGAAUUCCUCAGGGGAAGGUGUUCGUGAGACAUCGAAAUCGAGUGAUCAUCCAGCGAUCUCCAAUUCAGCUCAUCACAUACAGACACGAAACAGCACUACCUAUGGACAUACCACGAUGCGACCCAGAUCCCUGUACACCACUCACAGCUUUACACCACAAGCGGAUAAUACUAAUUUUCAACGUUAUCCAGAGUUCUCCAAGUUCCUGGAGACGCCUCCUGGGGAGCAGUGGCACAAUGUACCUGGGGGUGUGGGGUCGUACCCCAAUGCACUUCCUUGGCGUUCCAGGAACUCCAAGACGUCGCAGUAUUACCCGGAGGAUAAUUACCAGGAGAACUGGAGGGAUCCUGAGACGUCCGAAGGAACUGUUGGAGCUGUUGCCACGCCACAUGGAACCAUUUCCCUUCGACUUCAUAACAGGAUCCGAGUGGAUAUGACCAUUGAUAGAGCUGUCAGGGUCAUCAACUUCAAGAACAACAUCGUGCUGUCCCUGAACGGUUCGGGUUCCGCAGCAGCUUUGCUGCAUCCGAAUGGACGAAUCUAUCAGUACGGAUCACGUGUGGAGAUAUUGGCACACGAUUCCCACGGGAACAACAAGUACGCGAAGAUGUGGUACAAGGGUGUGAGUUUUACCUCUGAACAGUGCGCUCUGGUCUACCUCGUGGAUUCUGCAGGCACGAGGACAACCACUGAUUCCUUCUCCGAUAUGAGUCAGGAUUUCUCCCUGAGUGUCUUCUACUCAGAGUCUCGUCAUGGUCCAGGAUGUCUUCAGGAGGCGACAGCAGCCCUGGGUGCGGCCCAGUACUGGCUGACAGAUGAGGGUGUCGAGAAUUGGAUGAUAAAUAACGUGAGGAUCUCUCAGACACCUGAUGGUCUCGUCAGGAUCGCUCGUAACAGCAACAAGUAUCAACUGAGAACUUCUCCCAGCAAUGGAACUGCUUCCUUGACGACGCCUUUCCUCCACUGCACAGCAUCCCUCGGUCAGACAUCUCAUCUCUUCGUCAGAAGGGGUGAAAGGAGAAUGCAUUACGAUGGCACGAGCUUCAUCGUCAGAAAUGCUGGCCACAGUGCCGGCUUCGAUGACAACAAUCAGCUCAAGGUUUAUUGAGGCCCCAGGGCUCAGUGGUCAACCCAUCCUCUCUCUGAAAAGAUUCACUGAAACCUAGA